UUGGUUCCAUGGAGAACGUCGUGCCCUUUCACUCUUCAUAUGUCUGGACGUUUCAUGUAAUGUACUUGCACGGAAAAAACUCUAUGUGUGAUUCGAUAGAUCAGGCCAAAGAAGUUGUACUAAAGAUCAUGGAGGAACUAUUGCAAAAUGGCAUUCUUGUCGAAGCAGACAUUACAUGCUUUUUCUAUAGUUCUUCAUGCGUUGAAGUAAAAUUCAGUGAUAAUCCGGAUAUGCUUUGGGACAAUGGUGAAAUACAGGAAUACUUCAACAGCGUGGAGGCAGGCGGAGGUACUGAUUUCGAGAAAGUUUUUAAAUCGAUCAUCGAGAACCUUGAUAAUGUAAACAGCAAUAACGAUUUGGCCAUCAUCUUCUUUACGGAUGGCAAAGAUUCCAUAAGAGACGAUACCAAAAAGGAACUAGAGGAUGCCUUGUUAAAAACCCCUUACACGACCGAAGUUCACACAAUUGGAUUUACCGAAGGUCACGAUGCUUCUCUUCUUUCGUGGUUAACAACGUGUGGAAGCAAAGGAGGAAAUUUCAUGUACAUUAAAGAUUCAAAUGAAAUUCCAAAUAUAUUAAGUGUGAUGAUACCAUUGUUAGAAUUGAGAGAUAGGACUCUUUAUGUUAAGGUCGGAGAUCAAGAUCCCCUGGCAGAACAAUUUGAUGAUCAAGGUUCCGGAACGGUUAUCCUCAAAGGCAAGGUGGAGGGUGAACGAAUCACAGUAUUGAGACAUUUGCGGAGUCACGAGAAGUACGAAUUUCAACCACCACACCAAAUUUCCAAUAGCAAUCCAAAGGCAAUACAAUCAAUAAUCUAUUACAUUCAACAUGAAAUCCAAAUUUUCACGAAUGAAAUCAUCAAUCAUAUCAAGCAUAACGAACACGAGAGAAUCCAGCGACUCUUGAUUGAAGUAGAAAGAUAUGAAGAACAAUUGAACGACAUUCUGAUAACGGCCUCCAAAAAAGUAUUGGACAUGCACGACGACAUAAUUCAGGAUACCAAAUCUACCAUCGGCGAGUUCAAAAUCAUCUUGACCAAGUUCGUAGUAACAUUUUUUCUCACUUUACACUCACUUGCAUCUGCAGUAUACAAUGCUAACAUUGUCAAAUCACCUAGGAAAUCAGAUGGUAGUUUGACAAAUGACAAGAUUGCAAAUUUCAACGACUUGAUAUACAAGAAUAUCCGCGAACUGAAAAAUCCCACCAUCUUUAAGACCCCUACACAAGAAAUCGAAGAAGUAUCAGACAGCGAAAACACAUCCGUCAGCGAUGACACAGAUGACAGUUCGAUCAGCGAUGACAGAUCGAUUUCGUUGCUAUUGGAUAAAAUCAGCUCCCUCGAGGCCAACAUGAAUCAGAAAUUUGAUCAAUUACAAUCCAGGUUAGUAAAAUUGAAAAAAAUCGAGUCCGAGAAAGCAAUAGAGAAUCAAGAUAAUCAAAAGGUCGAAGAAAAAGAAACUGUCAGUCAGGAUGAACAAGAUAAUCAAAAGGUCGAAGAAAAAGAAACUGUCAGCCAGGAUGAACAAGAUAAUCAAAAGGUCGAAGAAAAAGAAACUGUUAGUCAGGAUGAACAAGAUAAUCAAAAGGUCGAAGAAAAAGAAACUGUUAGUCAGGAUGAACAAAAGGUUCAGAAGAACACUAAAAAACCGAUUAUAUGUGGAUCAAAGAUUGCUCUUGUUCACGUGUCCACUGGAAGAUAUUUGUCUGCUAGAAGAGGUCUACGAGGCACAGCGACCGUCAGUCAAGAACAGGACAUUAACUAUGAUACUGAUCUCUGGACCAUUACCGAAGCCAAUAAUAGUAAGGGUAUGAGCAUGGGACAUCCCGUACAUCUCAAGACCACUAUUAGGCUUAAAAAUGAGGCAAAAACGGGAAAUUUACAUUGCACGUCCACCAAAAUAAAGGGGAAAAACUCUGCGAAAAGAAAAGUGACCCUCUAUUCGGGAAGCAAUGCUGACGAUGAUUGGCUUAUCCAACGAUGUGAACCUAGUGACAGUAACACAAAUUAUCUGGCAAAUGGUGAUAUCGUCUGUCUUGUACAUAAUGCGACCAAAAAUCACGCGCUUUAUUAUCGCGAACCUCUGUCAG